UUGUGCUCUUUUGUCACUCUCGUUGGUUAGUUUCAACGCAUUUGCCUGGAAUUCGAAAUGCAAAGUUAUUUACAGACAUAUUAUUCGGCACUCUGCGAUUGAAUCUAAGUGAAUAAAUGGUCACUCAGGUUGCCGGUUACCAUUUUCCGUUCACCGAACACAUAACAAGCUCUGCCACCAUCAAUCUUCGAACAAUGGACUUGGGGUCGGCGGCGAGUUGCUAGCCUUAUACAGACAACAGAGGGGGUUGUUUGUUCUGGUGGGCUUUCAUAAAUGCCACAGCGGUGGUGUCGCCUCUCCGUUUUCUUCAUCCUAUCCUCGGAAUAAUAGGCUUGAAUAUUUGCCUCCACUGCCUCUAUUGAUAACUCAGUCAACUUGCGAGCGAAGCUACUCCGUAACUGAGUGAUGGAGCAGGAGAUCAGUCCACCUGGCGUAGAGUGUUUGAUCGAUCGUCUUUGCGACCACGUUCUUCUGGAUAUUUUCGAAUUCCUCACCACGCUCACGUUCUACGAUGCUACCUCGUUAAUGACAAUAACCUGGGUCAACCGUCGAUGGCGCUACCUCGUCAUAACUUCACCUUUGUUUUGGACACAGAUAGACGUCGACGAACAUUCAUUUAGCUCAUCUCGCUACGCCAGAUCUCGCGCUAUAGCCUUCCCAAUCGUAACCUUAUAUCUCGAGCGCUCACAGUCCUGCCCUAUUGACAUCAUGAUUAACUUUGAUGUGACGGGGGACAUUACUGCUCCUCCAGAAGGCGAUGAACAUCUUCCUUUCACGUUUGAUCACGUCGAUCUGUUGGGCUUGACACUCGCCGAGAACGCACAGCGAAUUAGGACAUUACAGAUGGUAUGUCCGAGCUGGAUGGUCCAGCAGUACCUUUUGCAGCAUUUUAGGAGCGUGCCAAUGCCGAUGCUCCAGGGUUUCAACCUGGAAUACCGCUUCCAUAUUUUGCAGUCGAUUGUACAGAGUUAUCAUCGCAAGACUGCUCUGUUCCCUUGCGAUACCCUGUCCUUAUUUUCCCUGGGUAGCACAGACCCUUCGGAUGACAAAGGUGCCUUGCGAUGUUCCGGUUCUUCACUGUAUCCCAACAUCCGCGAUGUCGAACUCCAUGGCGCUCAUUAUAAGUGGGGACGAUUCUGUGCGACCAACCUCUCUUCCUUGUCAAUCGGCUAUAUCCCUUGGGACCAUAGACCGACUCAUAGAGAGCUACGGGAUAUUCUCUCAGGGAGCCCAACGUUGUGCUCCCUAUCAUUUUCCGGUGCUUUGCCUUCCACCGGAGCACGGGUGGAUCUGAACCUCCCUCAGCUGAGCUCACUUGACCUUGGUUUCAGUGACCCAGUAGAGGUGUCCAUUUUUGUCGUCGGCUUGGAUGUUCCUUCGUUGAAGAAACUGGAGUUGCAUUACACCACCCCGACUCUUCCGAGGGAGGCAUUUCCUGCCGACAGUGAGGCUGUCUUGUACGCGAGGACGGCAGAUGCAUUUAAUCACUUGAUAGAUUAUUUACCCCUGCAACAGCUCCUCGGCCUCUCCGUCCGAAAUGUCAGAUUUUCUCGGGAGGAGUCUAUUGUUGUGACUACUUCACAGGUUGACAGGGGGUUAGUUAAAGACCACGAACUCCCCGCCGUGUUACGCUUCGUCCAAAGGCUCAAAAUUCUUUCCUCCCUCCAUCUCGUCAACCCAGACCCAGGCCUCCUCUUAUCGCUAGUUUUCCCUCAAUUAUCCUCGUGUCCCAAAAGCGCAGAGGACACUGGGUACAACCCUCUCGUCGCCCCUCGACUCAAGCGACUGUCCAUAACAACAAAAGAGGAGAAAGGUCAUCAGAGCAUCAUUCGCUGCCUGCAGCGCUGUCGCGACCUGUAUACCGAGUCGGAGUCGGGGUCUGAUAGAUAUAUUGGACGACUGUUGGAAUCCCAGACGUUGAUUUUUCCAAUCAUGGCGGAGAAGGAUGUGCUGGCUGUAGAACGGACGUCGUUUGCCUUGGCACCAGAAGACCGUUGCAAUAUAGAAUAUAAGGAAUUCGCACACAGGAAACUGACGGCAUUGAUAGAGCUAUCAGUACAGCAAUGAAGGGAUGUAUACAUAUCAUACUGUAAUUUGAGAUACAAAUUAAACCUAUCUGAAGCUAAUGGAAAAAGUGGAAAAGAUCUGGAUGCUGGUUUAGAUAAAAUUUUAGGUUCUUCCGCUGCCCGUGUCUGUGGAGGGGACAUCUUACUCGAG